AGUCCCAGCGUUUGGCCCCGGCGAGCUGCUUUCCCUGCCCCGGGCCCCUCUUUUUCCUCUUUUUCGGAUCCCAGGGGCCCGUGAAGAUGGGGCUCCCGCCCUUACCCCGCCCAGCACCUGGUGUGAGAAAAGCCCUCGCCCACUCAUCUGGUUCGCAGUCGUUUGGUGAUUCACAGCCCCGGCCCCGCCCAGGGCGCUAAUCUAACUUGUUGCUCAACUUCAGAGCGCUGCCCAGACUUCAGCUCCCGUUUCCAGCCCGCUGUGUCUUCACCGCGGAGGCCCGCGCCCGGUCCCCGUCCCCGCGCGCGAUGAGCCCCGCGCGCCCGCGCGCCCGCGUGCUGCUGAGCCUGCUGGGCGGGCUGGGCCCUCAGCUGCUGCUGCUACUCCUGCGUCCUCCGGCUGCGUCGGGUGACUGCGGCCUUCCCCCAGAUGUACCUAAUGCCCAAGCAACUUUGGAAAGUUGGAAGUUGGGAACAAGUUUUGCUGAGGGACAGAAAGUAAACUACAAAUGUAACAAAGGCUUUGUAAAAGUUCGUGGCAAGGCAGACUCAGUGGUCUGUCAAAAUAAUAAAUGGUCAGAGCUUGCUGAAUUUUGUAAUCGGAGCUGUGACUUUCCAAGCAGGCUACUUUUUGCAUCUCUCAAAAAGUCUUAUACCCAACAGAAUUAUUUCCCAGAAGGUUCCACUGUGGAAUAUGAGUGCCGUCCAGGAUACAUAAGGGACCCUUCUCUCUCAGGAAACAUAACUUGUCUUCAGAAUUUUACGUGGUCCAAACCUGAUGGAUUUUGUAAAAAAAGAUCAUGUCCUAAGCCUAGAGAAAUAGAAAAUGGUCAUGUCAAGAUAACAACUGACAUACUAUUUGGUGCGGAGAUCUAUUUUUCAUGUAACACAGGGUACAAAUUAGUUGGUGCAGCUUCUAGUUACUGUGCUGCUAUGGGAAAUACUGUUGGGUGGGCUGAUGAAUUUCCAGAAUGUCAAGAAAUUUUAUGCCCAGAACCACCAAAAGUUGACCAUGGGAUGAUUCAAGAGAAACAAAACAGUUAUGCAUACGGACAAUCUGUAACAUAUAAAUGUAUGGAAGGCUUCACCCUACAUGGAGAGAGCUCUAUCUAUUGUAAGGUAGAAGAUGACAAAGGAGCGUGGAGUGGCCCCCUACCUCAAUGCAGAGAAACUUUUUACAAUGUCAUACCAAAAGUUCCGAAACCCACUGAAGUAAAUGUUCCAGGUACCAAAGUCUUAUCAACUCCUCAGAAACCCACCACUGUAAAUGUUUCAGCUACAGAAACCCCACCAACUCCUCAGAAACCCACCACUGUAAAUGUUCCAGCUACAGAAAUCUCACCAACUCCUCAGAAACCCACCACUAUAAAUAUUUCAGCUACAGAAACCCCACCAACUCCUCAGAAACCCACCACUGUAAAUGUUCCAGCCACAGAAACCUCACCAACUCCUCAGAAACCCACCACGGUAAAUGUUCCAGCUACAGAAACCUCACCGACUCCUCAGAAACCCACCACUGUAAAUAUUUCAGCUACAGAAACCCCACCAGCUCCUCAGAAACCCACCACUGUAAAUGUUCCAGCCACAGAAACCUCACCAACUCCUCAGAAACCCACCACUAUAAAUGUUCCAGCUACAGAAACCUCACCAACUCCUCAGAAACCCACCACUGUAAAUAUUUCAGCUACAGAGACCCCACCAACUCCUCAGAAACCCACCACUGUAAAUGUUCCAGCUACAGAAACCUCACCAACUCCUCAGAAACUCAUCACAAUAAAUUCUUCAGCUACAAAGCCCACACUAGUUUCUCAGACAUACACCACUGUAAAUGUUCCAGCUACAAAGGUCCCAUCACCUUCUCAGAAACCUUCCACAGCCAAUGAUUCCGCCAUGACAGCCUGGAAUUCCCCAAUAUCAAACACUGUCUCUACAGCAGCUCAGAAUCCCAUCAUGGCAAAUGCUUCUACAACCACACCAACAACCCAAAGAUUCACCCCAGCAAAAUCUUUACUUACACAGAAUCUUAAAGCUACACAGAAGUCCACUUCUAUACAUACGACCGAGGGUCUCCGUAUAACACAAAGACUGACCUCUGCUCAUGUUACAGCAGCAAAAAGCACAGCUGUUCCCAGGACAAGCCCGCGUUUUCAUACAACAAGCACACCUAAAGGAAGAGGAAGCGCUCCUUCAGUUGCUAGCAUCAUUGCAUCGGGUAAGUGUGUCUUUCUGAGAGUUCGCAGAAUUUGUCGUCGCUUUUGGAUAUAUAAUUCCUGGAAAAGAAUGUGGUUUUUUUACUGUCUUUGUUGUCACUAAGGCGUGACCAACUCUUUGUGAUCCCAUGGACUGUAGCAUGUCAAGCUCCUCUGCCCUCCACUAUCUCCCAGAGUUUGGUCAAAUUCAUGUCCAUUGAGUUGGUGAUAUUGUCUUAGGGAUACUAUCAGAAUACAGUAUGUGUGGGUGCCAAAGAGAAAACAGGUAAAGGCAUCUUAUUGACAUGUUUGCGGGCACCAUUAGGUACUCAGUAUGUUAGAGUACUCAGUAUGUUAACAUUUCCCACCAUGUUCUUGUUCCAGGGUAAUUUUAGGACAACUUCAAAUCAUUUGGCCAAUCAGUCAAGUAUUAUUGCUUGUCUAGUGGCUCACUGCAUCUCCUUCUAGUGCCUAAGAAUCACAAAAGGAGAGAGUUAUCAAUACAGUUUCUAUCCUCAAGUGUUUUAUAAUUAAUCAUAAACUACUCACUGACUAUUUCUAGAUUUGUCCUAUCUCAAGUAAAACAAAGAAUGUUACUUUUGGUUAUAUCGUCUUCCUUUUCCCUUCCCUGUCAGUGGUUUAAAGUAAAGUUUCUCCAAAAAAUACUCUGUUGUGGGCAUGAGACCAAAAACAUACCUGUUGCAAUUUCUUCUAUCAUUCGGUCCAGUCCUUUUUUGUUUGUAAAUAUAUCAUCUGAUGUUAUGUAUUAACAAGAUUAAUGAGAUGGUGAAAGAAAUGUCUGUUAAGAAGCAAUACAGCUAAAUUGGCAUAUUGAUAAGUAAUGUCUAAUGGAAAAUACACAUAAAAAUUUUUAAAAAGCACUUUGAUUUAUGUGUUUAUAAGCUAAAAGCUCAUCUUAUGCAUGCAUGAAUUAGCCAUAUGACUAUGAAACUGAAAGUAAUACUUGCUUUUAUUAUUUUCAUUGUUACUUAUUACAGUUUUUAUGUUUUAGGCAAACCUCUUUUAAGCUAAAAGAUUUAUUUUGAAAGAUUCCAACAGUUGCAAUUCACUUUGUCCUUUCUAUAUUUUAAAUAAAAAUAAAUACAUUCUAAGUGAAAAUCUCAUGAUCUAAUGGCUUAAUGACAUUUUUAAUAGAUGAACUUAAAAUUUAAUAGAUAAGCUUUUUCUUACCAGCUCAGUGGCAUUCAGUGAAGAUUUGAGGUGCUUAUUAUUUUCUCUAAAAUUCUUUAAGUAUAUAUUGUGUGAUUUUCCAGAAACUUUCCCUUAGGGUUAGUUGUAAUUCCAACCUGUGCUCAAAAAUAAAGAGGAAUUCCUUCCCUCUUAUAUCAGA